GCCAGCAGGAGUAGGCUACAAGUAACAACACUGUCACAACUUCGCCGAUAACACUCUCCCCGUACUCACGUCCGGAAUUCAACUUUAGUGUUCGUUCCAGGUGCACAAUAUAAUGGACAUGCUGUAGCUUUGGUCACUGUGAGGCUCAUUGGGACCAGAUUGGAUCCAGUGGAGUUUCAAAGGUUCCAGUUCACCUCCAGACUUUGCAAUGGACUUCUUUAAUGACCCCAACCUGUUUGUUGGGGGCUUGGAAGGGCUUGAUGAGGAGGAUUGCUUCCCCUCAGCUCCUUCACUUGUGGAUGAGCUAAAUCUCAGUGCUGACUUUGAGCCACUCCAAGUAGGGCCUCUAGGGAAGCACCAAGACAUGAUACCACCAAUUUCAACCCAACAAACCAUGCCUGUUUAUGGUGAGCAGAUGACUCACUACAUUGGUAUAAAGGGACAGAAUCCUAUGGGCCAGGCUUUUUCUGGUACACGGGGUCAAGGUGGUGGUGGUGGUGGUGGUGGUGGGGGCAUGAUUGCAGAUCAGCAUGGCCAGUACCACAAUGUUGUCAUGAGCCAAGCACCUCAAUCCAAUGGGCUAUACUGUAACAGUGGCAGUCCAAUGUGGGGAAACCAAGACCAGAAUGGGAAUAUGUACCACCCCUUGUCUCAACAUGAGCAACAACAGCUUUGUCACCAGCAGCAGCAAUUACAUGUCCGACAACAACAAACACCACAGCAGCAACAUCACCCGUCUCAUCAUCCACAUCAGCAGCAGCAGCUGCAUCAACAGCAAAGUCAUCGGCAGCAGCUGUUAAACCCGCAGCACCAUCAAAUGAACACACAGACUUUGUCUUUGCAGCAACAGCAGCAUCAUAAUUUCUCUUUUCACCAGGGAGGUCAAUGUCACGUUCCCCAUACUCAGCAGGUUCAGCACCAAUUAGCUGUAGGAGGACCAAGGUUCCACUCAAGGGUUCUACCAAAUAAGCCUUAUUUGGAUCAGCAAAAUGCUUCUUUGGGUGAGACAUGCAUACUACCACAGCAGCAGCAGCAGCAGCAGCAGCAGGGUAGCUACCAGCUACCCAAGGGAGGUCAAGCCUUCUCUAGAGCAGUACCGGAAGACCCUAACCUACACUUUCCCAUGCAUUCAUCACCUGUGAUUCACUCGCUGCCCACAUGCUCUGUCAGUUCUGCCACUGCUUACCAAGCGGCUCAGUACCCUGCCUACCCUGGAGAGCCAGAAAUACCCCCCCUCAGCCAGCAGUCUUUGUCCACGGCCUCUGAGUCUAGGCCCACAAUCACCUCUGCACCCCUGACUUCUACAAUGCCUGAGCUAUCAGGGACAGCAAGUCAGUUUUCAUCCACAGCUGUUAUGAGUCAGCAGCGCACUAGGGCAUCAGUCAGUCUGACAGAGGAAUGUCCUUUUCGGGCCCUACAUUGUUCUGGAGAAACCCAGGGAAACUGCAAGUCAUCUGAGAUGUUUGGCGAAUCAAUGAGCUGCUACCCCAGUACAGUCAACCAUCUGCCUUCCGAGCAGCCUCAGAGCUGUGGGCCUAUCAACACUAAUGGAUACAAAGCAACAGGAGACAAUCUCCUGCAAUCACAGGCUCAGGAUCGAGACAUGGAAGGCCUGGAGCCUCCUGAUCUACUGCCUGACCUAAUGCCCCAGCUGGAGGCUGCUCUCAACCAACAGGAUGACUCCAGCUGUUCUUGGGCCAAGUCCAGGCAGGAGAGGGGAGAUGAGGAAAGGACACCCCUACCUGUUGAGUUCAAAGGAGGGAAGCCUCGAAAGAAUGCUAAUGGUCCCAGUAGCCAGGUACGGGUCCUAAGUCCCCCAAUGAAGAGCAGCUCAUCGUCCUCCUCUUCCUCAUCAUCUUCAUCCUCAUCCAGCUCCCCAGCAGAGAAGAGAUCGCAGCGGAGGACGCAUCAUCAGAUGGAGCCAAAUAUACAGGACAAGCAGGAGAAGGCUAAUAGAAUUAUAUCAGAGGCUAUUGCUAAGGCCCGGCAGCGUGGGGAGAAGAACAUCCCCAGAGUUAUGAGUCCUGAGAGCUUCCCCAGCUCUUCUUCGCAGCACAAGAGCCACCGUGACCGCAAGCACAAAGGAAAUGGCAAAGCACGGCCAAAAGAGAAGGCCUGUAGGAAGGUCUGCAUUUUACCCUCAUCCAAGCCCAAGCAGAAAGCCAAGAUCGGGAAAAUUGUCAUCAAGAUUGGGAAGAAAAAAAAGCGAAAGCCUGAGUCCUCAGAGGAGGAGUCGGAUGAUGACCCUCCCCUGAGACACUCUUCUAAAGUGUCAUCCAAAGAUGUCGACUCUAAGAGGCGAUCUAAUCGCCAGGUGAAAAGAAAGAAAUACGCUGAAGAGCUGGAGGCCAGGUUGUCAGAUGAAGAAGUCAAGGUUAUUGUCAAAGCCAAGAAAACAUCAGCAUCCAAAGCGCCUUCUCUUCAACUCUUUGUAGAGAAUCCCAGUGAAGAAGAUGCUGCAGUUGUUGACAAAAUCAUGUCUUCUCGUAUCGUCAAAAAGGAGGUCUCUCCGGGAAUUGUGGUCGAGACGGAGGAGUUUUUUGUCAAAUACAAAAACUACUCCUACCUACACUGUGAGUGGGCCACAGAGCAACACCUGGAGAGGGACAAGAGGAUUCAGCAGAAGAUCAAACGUUUCAAGAUGAAACAAGCACAGAGGGCCCUCUUCUUUGCAGAUAUGGAAGAGGACCCCUUUAACCCUGACUAUGUAGAGGUAGACAGAGUGCUGGAGGUGUCAUAUUGUGAGGACAAAGACACAGGAGAGGAGGUGGUGUACUACCUUGUGAAGUGGAGCUCUCUGGCUUACGAGGAUAGCACUUGGGAGCUGAAAGACGACGUAGAUCAGAGCAAGAUUGAGGAGUUUGAGCAGCUGCAGGCAGUCAAGCCAGACUCGCGCAGGAUGGAACGGCCCCCAGCCAAUCACUGGAAGAAGAGGGAGCAGUCGAGGGAAUACAGGAACAGCAACAGCCUCAGGGAUUACCAGCUAGAGGGGGUCAACUGGCUCCUCUUCAACUGGUACAACAGACGAAACUGCAUACUUGCAGAUGAGAUGGGCUUGGGAAAGACCAUCCAGUCCAUCACAUUCCUAGAGGAGAUCCUCCGUGCGGGCAUUAAAGGGCCAUUCCUCAUCAUCGCCCCCCUCUCCACCAUCGCCAACUGGGAGCGAGAGUUCCAUACUUGGACCUAUCUCAAUGUCAUCGUCUAUCACGGAAGCACGGUCAGCCGGCAGAUGCUCCAACAGUACGAGAUGUAUUUCAGGGAUGCACAGGGCCGUGUGAUACGAGGGGCCUACAAGUUCCAGGCUGUUAUCACCACUUUUGAGAUGAUCCUGGGAGGAUGUCCCGAACUCAACGCCAUCGAGUGGCGCUGUGUUAUCAUUGAUGAGGCUCACCGCCUCAAGAACAAGAACUGCAAGCUGCUAGAGGGCUUCAAGCUCAUGAGCCUGGAGCACAAGGUCCUGCUGACAGGUACUCCUCUCCAAAACACUGUGGAGGAGCUCUUCAGCCUGCUCCACUUCCUGGAGCCGGCACGCUUUCCCUCAGAAAACACUUUCAUGCAGGAGUUCGGAGACCUCAAGACUGAGGAGCAGGUACAAAAGCUUCAGGCCAUCCUGAAGCCUAUGAUGCUGCGUCGGUUAAAGGAAGACGUGGAGAAGAAGCUGGCUCCUAAAGAGGAAACCAUCAUUGAAGUUGAGCUCACAAACAUUCAAAAGAAGUACUAUCGAGCGAUCCUUGAGAAGAACUUCUCUUUCUUGGCUAAAGGAGCUGGCCAGGCAAACAUGCCCAACCUGGUCAACACCAUGAUGGAGCUGAGAAAGUGCUGCAACCACCCCUACCUCAUCAAAGGAGCAGAAGAAAAGAUCAUGGAGGACUUCAGGGAGGUGUACAGCCCCACUGCCAUGGACUUUCACCUGCAGGCUAUGGUGCAGUCUGCAGGGAAGCUGGUCCUUAUUGAUAAGCUGCUGCCGAAGAUGAAGGCCGGAGGGCAUAGGGUGCUCAUCUUCUCCCAAAUGGUGCGCUGCCUGGACAUCUUGGAAGACUACCUCAUUCAGAGAAGGUACUUGUAUGAGCGAAUAGAUGGACGUGUUCGGGGGAACCUGCGGCAAGCAGCGAUUGACCGCUUCAGUAAGCCUGACUCAGAGCGCUUCGUUUUCCUCCUCUGUACAAGAGCUGGUGGCCUGGGAAUCAACCUCACAGCUGCAGACACUUGCAUCAUCUUUGACUCUGACUGGAACCCACAGAAUGACCUGCAGGCCCAGGCUCGCUGCCACCGUAUUGGUCAGAACAAAGCAGUCAAGGUGUAUCGUCUGAUCACCAGGAACUCCUACGAGAGAGAAAUGUUUGAUCGCGCUAGCCUCAAGCUGGGUCUCGACAAAGCAGUGUUGCAGAGCAUGAGUGGCCGAGAUAACAGCCUUGGAGGAGGCACAGGGGGAGGGGCUGUGCAGCAGCAGCUGUCUAAAAAAGAGAUCGAGGAUCUGUUGAGACGUGGUGCAUACGGGGCAAUCAUGGAUGAGGAGGAUGAAGGGGCAAAAUUCUGUGAGGAGGACAUCGACCAGAUUCUCCAGCGCAGGACAAAGACCAUCACCAUCGAGUCUGAGGGACGAGGAUCUACCUUUGCUAAGGCUAGUUUUGUGGCGUCCGGUAACCGCACAGACAUCUCUCUGGAUGAUCCCAACUUCUGGGACAAAUGGGCCAAAAAGGCGGAUAUUGACAUGGAAAUGGUCAACGGAAGAAACAGCUUGGUGAUUGACACCCCUCGCGUCAGAAAGCAGACAAGGCCGUUCAGUGCCACAAAGGACGAGUUAGCUGAGCUCUCAGAGGGCGAAAGCGAUGAUGAUGAGUCCAAACCAAAGCUCAGGCGAAACCAUGACCGUCUCAACAGCUAUGGACGCACAGAGUGCUUCAGAGUAGAGAAGAACCUGCUUGUCUAUGGCUGGGGCCGUUGGAAGGAUAUUCUGAACCAUGGGCGUUUUAAGAAGCAGCUGACAGAUUGGGACGUGGAGUCCAUCUGCAGGGCCCUGCUGGCUUACUGCCUGGUGCAUUACCGUGGAGACGACAAAAUUAAAAGCUUCAUGUGGGACCUCAUUGCCCCUACUGAGGAUGGACAAACCAAGGAGCUACAGAAUCACCUGGGUUUGUCUGCCCCAGUCCCCAGAGGCAGGAAGGGAAAGAAGAUGAAGAUCCAGUCCAGCUCUUUUGACAUCCAUAAAGCUGAGUGGCUCAGGAAACACAACCCAGAGCACAUGCUUCAGGAUGACGGCUACAAGAAACACCUCAAACACCACUGCAACAAGGUGCUGCUCAGGGUCAGAAUGCUGUACUACCUGAAACAAGAGGUGAUAGGGAGCCAAGCCCAGAAGGUGCUGGAUGGUGCGGACUCCAGUGAAAUAAAGAUCUGGGUGCCAGAUCCUGACCAUUCUGAGCUGCCAGCUUUGUGGUGGGAUGCUAUCUGUGACAAGUGUUUGCUGCUGGGCAUCUAUAAACAUGGUUAUGAGAAGUACAACACUAUCCGUGCAGACCCGAAUCUUUGCUUCAUAGAGCGCGUUGGACGACCAGAUGAGAAGGCCAUUGCUGCCGAACAAAGAGGCAAUGAUUUCAUGGAUGGGGAUGUGGAUGAUCCAGAGUACAAGCCUGCUCCAGCCCUGCUGAAAGAUGAUAUGGAGGAUGAUGCCUCUUCACCUGGAGACUUGGUUGUCACUGACAACGCCGGAGAUGCAGUUCCAAUGACAGGAGGUGAAACCAUCUAUUGGCCCUCAUCCUCGGUGUUGACAGCCAGACUGAGACGUCUGAUCACAGCCUCGCAGCGCUUCACUAAGAGCCGGCAGAUCCUCCAAAUCCACCAGACUCAGUCUCAGUCCACGCCCAGCAUGAUACUGUCAGCUCCACUCUGCCCGCUGCCCCCCACUCUCAAUGACACCCUGAACCCAAAGAUGGUGGCUAAGAUUGAGCGCCAACAAAGAUGGACCAGGAGAGAAGAGGCCGACUUCUACCGUGUGGUCUCCACAUUUGGUGUAGUGUUUGACCCGAACCUCAGCCGGUUCGACUGGACCAAGUUCAGGGCAAUGGCUCGGCUGCACAAGAAGACUGAUGAGAGCCUGCAGAAAUACCUGUGUGCUUUUACCGCCAUGUGCCGAAGGGUGUGUCGCCUGCCACCCAAAGAGGGAGACUCUGCUGUGGACCCGACUCUGACCAUCCAGCCCAUCACAGAGGAGCGGGCGUCUCGUACCUUGUACAGAGUGGAGCUUCUUCGUCAGGUGCGGGAGCAAGUACUCCGUCAUGCAUUACUGUAUGAGCGUCUGCCACUGUGCCAGAUGAGCUCUGACUUACCCGUGUGGUGGGAAGCAGGUACUCAUGACCGUGACCUGCUUAUCGGUGCUGCCAAACAUGGUGUCAGCCGCACAGAUUAUCACAUCCUGAGAGACCCUGAGCUCAGCUUCAUGGCUGCCCAACGUAACAGCCAAACAAAAGCUACACAGCAGCAAUCCCAUACAUCCACCCCGCUUCUACAGCCCCAGUUCCAGAAUGCUAGCUCAGUGUUGACAGGCUCUCCGCUGCCUCCACCUACCCAGAAAGACACUGAGCCCGGUGCGGUUGUACCAAAAAUGGAACCUGCCUCAGAAGGAGAGGAGAGCAGGGAGAAGCCUGGGGACAGCUGGAGUCCUCCCCAAGCACCACCUACUCCCACAGGUCUGGAGGAGAAGCCCAUUACAGACGCGAGGGACAGCGAGAAAAAGAUGGUGGCCGCACGUACCAAACCUCUCACGCCAAACUCCUCUGAGAGGAAACCCAAGAAGGCUAGCAAGAGAGGGCGCAGGGAGGCAAGGAGAGGCUCAGAAUCUGACUCAGAUGGCUCCUCCUCAAGCACUUCAUCACGCUCCUCUUCAUCUUCUUCCUCGUCUUCUUCUUCCUCUUCACAUUCUGGGUCCAGCUCCUCCUCUUCUUCUUCCUCUUGCUCCUCUGGGUCUUCUUCAUCCUCGUCGUCCUCGUCAUCCUCUUCUGAAGAUAGCGACAGUGAGAGAGAGGAGGGGAAGAAGAAAGUGCCUGCAGCAACAAAAGUAAAGGGCUUCGAUGAGGACAGUGUGGCAUCUCUGAGCACAACGCAGGAUGAAACGCAAGACACCCAUGGGACUGAGAACGGCAUCAACAACAACUCCUCUCAUCCUUUCCAGGGAGGGGGGUACAUGCUUGCUGCAUCCUACUGGCCAAAGGAUCGUGUGAUUAUCAACCGCCUGGACAGCAUCUGCCAGGCAGUGCUAAAGGGCAAGUGGCCAGGAACACGUCGUGUGUACGAGCCAGGAGGUGCAGUGGCCUCCUUUUACACCACCAAGCUGCUGGACAAUGCCAACAGCCUGUGCGAGGACCCCUCUGCCUCACCACAGGGGUCAAAGGUGACCAAGCAUGUUGCAGAAAACAAGGAGUUCUCAGUAAAACUCAACGAUCAGGAAGGAGGUCUCAAACUGACCUUCCAGAAACAAGGUCUACCUCUGAAGAGGCCCCUGGAGUCCGAGGAAGGUCCCCAGGCCCAGCAGCAGUACCUGGCCCGGCUUCAUGAGCUGCAGAGCGCCUCGGACACAGGCCUGGCAGACAUCACCAAGCCUCAGUGCAGCUUCCAGACCGCCCCUCCAGAUCUUUCCAGUCAGAUGAGGCUGAAUGGAGUACUGGAUGGCCAGCCAGUGGUGAAGAGACGGAGGGGACGGAGAAAGAACGUGGAGGGGAUGGACCUGCUCUUCAUGAACAGGAGCAGAGUCCCUGCUGUUUCGGAUCAGAUGCCUCCAGGGUGGGGGGGUAUUGGCCAGGUGGGCAUGGCUGUGACCUCAAUGCCAGGCUUCAGCCAGAGCUCCAAUCAGAUACCAGCAGACACUGACAGCAGAGUCCCUGUCAUAAACCUCAAAGAUGGCACCCGGCUUGCUGGGGACGAUGCUCCCAGGAGGAAAGAUCUAGAUCUGUGGCUCAAAGAGCACCCUGGAUUUGUGGCAGACACAGGAGCCUUCAUCCCUGGGGUAAAUAAAAUGCAGAUGCAGUUCCACUUCCAGGAUGGUCGGCCCAAACAGAAAAGGCACCGCUGCAGGAACCCCAACAAGAUCGAUGUGAACAGCCUGACAGGAGAAGAAAGGGUCCAGAUCAUCAACAGGAGAAACGCACGCAAGGUCGGUGGAGCAUUUGCUCCUCCUCUGAAGGAUCUGUGCCGCUUCCUUCAGGAGAACCCCGAGUACGGUGUCCCACCUGAGUGGGCUGAUGUUGUCAAACAGUCGGGUUACCUCCCAGAGAGCAUGUUUGACAGGAUCCUAACAGGACCAAUUGUUCCUGAGGAGGUGAGCAGACGUGGACGUCGACCCAAGAAUCCUCUGGCCAAGGCAGCAGCGGCUGCCACUGCGGCAGCUGCAGCUCCCAACCCUGCAGUCUCUGCACUGGGUCUGAACCCCCUUCUAGCCAAUGGCCUCCUUACUGGAAUGGACCUGCCCAGUCUGCAGGCCUUCCAGCAAAACCUCCAGAGCUUACAGUCCCUGCAGCUCACCGCGGGCCUAAUGGGGCUGCCGUCUGAUGCUAGCAAUCUGGCUGCAAGUAACCUUGCUGCCAUGUUUCCCAUGAUGCUCUCUGGUAUGGCUGGAAUCCCAAACCUCAUUGGCAUGAGCAGUUUGCUAGGGAAGCCUGUUCAGGAGGGCACAGGUGGCUCUGAAGAGAAGACAAAAGGAACCAUCAGCAGUGUUGCAGGCGAGCCGUCGGCCUCUAAAGUCCCCUCUAACACCUCAGACACCAAAGGAGAAAGGACAGAGGGCUUGAACACAACUCCUUCCUCCACUUCCAGCUCCUCUUCCUCUGCCGGCGCCCCACAAAGUGCUUCAGCUGCCUCAGCAGCCUCCAGUCACUCACUGUCUCUUAACCCCUUGUUACUCUCCAGUAUGCUUUACCCAGGGAUGCUUCUCACUCCAGGCCUUAACCUUCCUGUGUCUGCCACACAGCUGCAGAGCUCAAGCAGGGAGCAUGUCCUUCCUCCUGCUCCUUUUCCUCCUCAGCCUGCAGCCUCCCAGUCAUUGCCACAGGUGACAGAGGUGCCAGCAGCAGAGAAGGACGGAGAUGAGGAUGAUGAGGAGUUAGAAGAGGCUUUGGAUGAAGAUGAAGAAGGAGAGGAGUCAGCAGAACAAAAAGAGAACAGUGGUCCUGAAGAUUCGGGGAAAGCCAAGUCAUCUUCUUCAGAGUCUGGGAGCUCUUCUUCCUCAUCAGGCGAUUCAGACUCCAGUGAUGAGGACUGAUCCUCUGAAUAUAUAAUUAUAGAUUUAUUUAUGUAUUGCCUAGAAAUGUAUACAUAUAUUCACAUAUAUAUGGAUUUUUUCCAGCACUUAUGUUGCGAUUUCUUUACAUGUAAAUACAAGAACUAACUAAAAUGUUGUGUAAUAAAGACUACAAAGACAUAAAAAAAAAUGAACAACUGACUUAAAGAAACUGAAAUGAGAUUUCAGUUCCUGUUCAAUGGUACAGUCUUGUUUGAGACAUUUUGCAUGUCAGACUUUAGUAGAUUUCUGAACUCUGUGAACUUGUACCACACCAUUAUGUACAAUUGAAACAAAAAGGCAUUAUUGUAAUUAUGUCAGGAUUUAAUUUUAUUAAAAAAGUGAGACUACAUCAAUAUGCUCUUUGAGCUGUACUAUUAAUAUAUUUUGACUGUUGGGGGUUGGGAGAAUGAAACUUGACAAACACUUUGGUUUUCUCUUGUAAAUAAAACUUUAACAGGUUUGUUGACACUUGUGCUUUGCAGAUCAUACAUUGGAUAUGUCAGCAAUAACUUGGGCAGCUAAUGAAUGUCACUGAAGCUGUAGAUUCUCUGUCUGCCAUGUUCCAACCCAGUGCACAACCCAACCUCACUCACUUUCACUGUUUUUCACAUCACGUUGAGUUUAUUGUUGCAUCUGUUCACAUCCUCUCGGACGCCCCCUCUUCAACAUCACUGUAAUACAGAGAGGAAUCUGUCAAAGUAUUACGUUCUUCAAACAAACAGCAUUAGCUUGAAAAACGGAUCCAAAUUCAAUUCUUUGCUGUUAUUUUUUUUUUAAAUGUUUCAAUGUUCAGGUGGAUAUGUCAUUAUGGAAACUCCUUUUCUUCACCUUAAAAAUAUGUCAGGCGCACUUUAGCUGCUCACAGUGAGCUUACACCCGUUCACUUGCACAUCUGUUGAUUUUGACUACAGUGUCUCAUAAACUCCUCAAGCGGAGGAGUGGUGUGGGGGGGGGGAACAAACAACCUUUUACUGUGUGCCAAACAAACUGCCCUUUGAUCAUUAACAAUCCAGACAGUGUUUCGAGGAAGAAUUCAGGAGUCUUGAUGACGUGUAUAUUAUAACUACAUCCCGCCGUAUUUGACUGCAUCUUACCUCGACUGUGCUAAAAUGAUUGGCUUCACUGUGCAGAUUUACAUGUGCUUGGGUGUGUCUUUUGAUGUCCGUGUGCAGAAAGUCUUAGUCUCUGCUCAAAUGUAUGUGUCGGAGGCCUUUUUUUUUUUUUUUUUAACCAAGAGCUUCCACUGUGUUGACUUCUUUGGCUCAACUGCUCCUUUCACCUGGUGUCUACUGCUUCCGUAGCUUUUUCGGUCUGAAUGUCGACUCUAAAUGAGAGCGCCUUGCAAGCUAGUAGGAAAAACUACUGUACCAACAUUUUCAAUCUCAAACUCUUCUCACUAGAAACAUUUAGGGAUUUAAAGUUCAUUCUGGAUUAUGUGUUGCAUGGUCCCCUUACAACCAAAGUCUUAACAAUACAAACGUGGCACAUGCACAAAAUAGUUAAAAAUCUUGCCUAAGAUUGAAGUGAUUGUCACUGAUUGCGCAUUCAAGUUUACACAGUGCCAGGCUAGUUCUAGAAAAGGUGAAAUGAUGGCAGCUUGUGUUACUGUGAGUUCGCAGCUUGUUGUGUUUGUUUCACUUUUUUUUUUUUGCUUGACUGUGUUUUCAGAAAUGAAUGGAGCUUCAUCUAGGUGUAGAAGUGCCCUUAUCCUGUACCUCGCUCUAUCGUUCUGCUUCCGUCUGACAAAAUAACAGCUCAAAUUUGUGCACCAUGCUUUGUGCAUUUAGUUCAUCAUCUCCGCUCAUGUCAAUGUUCAGCUGUAACCAGGAUACACACAAACACUCAAGCCGAAGUACCUUUUUGUAACCUUCUCUAGCACAACAGUGCUUGCUCUAGGACUGCUGUUACACAGUGGACUGUUAGAUAUACUUUUUAAAAUGAUUUCGGAGCUUCAGGUUUCUGUUAGGACUCACAGAGCGCCCCUCAAGUGUUGGGGGAAGAAAAAACCCCACUGACUUAAACUCAGUCUGUUUAGUUUCUUAAGUACUGCUGUAGCAUUGUUCUGGAGUGGCUGAAGAUCUCUAAUGUUGCUUUUAGCAGUUUUUCUUGUAUGCCUGUUAUUUAGACCUCUUCAUGAGUUUUGCUUGCAAUGCAAUUGCAUUUUUUUAUAUAAUUACUCACAGUAUAGUAUUUUUCUAUGUCUGAGCAAUGUAAUUAAACAUGCCUCUGUCAUUUUUGUAUAUCUGCACCCCUGCUCUCUUUAAACUCGUAGUGCCCUUAUACAAACACCCAGCCAUCGCUUCUUCUGCUGUAGGUGAUCUGAGGACUGUUGCUUCUUUUUGUUGCCCCGCGGUGACGUGUUGAUGGAUUUAUGACCGUGCUAAACUUCUAUAGGACACAAAUGGAAAAGAUGGUAGAUAUAACAUUGGACUUUCUGCUUUCAUUUUUCUAUCUUUUUUUCUUAUGUUGUACUGUACAAGGACUCUCAAAACAUUUCUAUGCUAGAGAGACAGUGUUGAUUCAAACAAAAGUAAACAUGACCAAUAUGCAAAAGGAAAGACAAAACACACUACUGCUGUACAGGGAGGUUUUCUUUCUGUUUGCAUACAUGUAAUCACUGGGAUGACAAAGCUAGCAUCAUUGGUUUGUAUUUUUAUUUCAGGCUUGAUUAUAUCCUAUAAACGUCACUCUGGUCAGUUUCUGUCUUGCUUUUUUUUUUUCAUUGGACAGUUGUAAUAUUUGCAAGAUGUGGUCUGUGUAGUCAAAAUAAUUCUUUAUGAAGUGCAGGACAACUUGUCUUAAAAAGUCAUUUGUAAUUUAUUGGAUUACUUUCUAUGAAGUUCUAUAGAGGAAAUUGAGGUUUAAUUAUUUUUAUUAAACAUAUUCUUCUGACUAUCAA